AUGAAUCAACGAACAACAGCUGCAGUUCGAACACCAGCCGGAUGUACAGCACCGUUUGAGGUGGUAACUGGAGUAAGACAAGGGGCAGUGGCAGGACCUUUCCUGUUCAAUUUCGCAAUCGACGACAUUAUGCGAAGAACAGUCGACCAGUGUCCCGCUGACAUUGUCUUAGCACUAUCAGGGUGCCUCUUGACUGACCUCGAGUAUGCCGACGAUUUCGUUAUAUUCGCGGAAAGCAGUACGAAACAUCAACAUGUUGUCAACCUUGUAUCGAAGCUGGCUGCAACCUCUGGACUACGCCUACGCCCUGAUAAAUGCAAGCAGAUGUGGAUCUCUUCGAGAUCACGAACGGGAAUCAGGGUGGACAAACAACCAAUAGUACUCGUCGAUGAGUUCUGUUACCUUGGCUGUACGCUGAAGAACAAUGUCAACUACGAGAGAGAUGUUCAGCAAAGAUGCGCUAAGGUCACUUUUGCAUUUAACUCCUUAACGAAAUGGCUGUGGUCGACCCACAUCACCAACGAAGUCAAGCUGCGAGUCUACCGCAAUUCACCCCAUCAUGAUGUACGGAUCGGAGACUUGGGCAGCACCAUCAACGGUUAUGGAGAGGCUUGA